ACACACUUCUUUUCGCUCACAUUAAUAUUCUGCAUUUUGCUUCUUAAUUAGUUUUUGGUGUUUGAGGAGAAGGUUGCAAUGGCAGACGAGGUGACUCUGUUGGAUUUCUUGCCUAGUAUGUUUGGCAUGAGAGUCAGAAUAGCUCUGGCUGAAAAGGGUAUCAAGUAUGAGUACAAGGAACAAGAUCUGUUUAACAAGAGCCCUCUGCUUCUUGAGAUGAACCCGGUUCACAAGAAGAUUCUGGUUCUGAUCCACAAUGGAAAACCAAUCAGUGAGUCACUCAUUAUUUUGGAGUACAUCGAUGAAGUUUGGCAUGAUAAAGCUCCACUGCUUCCUUCUGAUCCAUAUGAGAGAGCUCAAGCCAGGUUCUGGGCUGACUUCAUUGACAAAAAAGUGAAUAAUGUUGGGAGGAAAGUGUGGUUCGCAAGGGGAGAUGAAGAGAAAGAGACAAGCAAGAAGGAAUUCUUUGAAGUGUGGAAGCAAAUGGAGGCAGAGCUUGGAAAGAAGCCAUACUUUGGAGGAGAGAGCUUUGGUUCUGUUGACAUUGCUCUCGUUGUUUUCUCCCCCUGGUUUUAUACUUAUGAGACUUUUGGCAACUUCAGCAUGGAGGAAGAGUGCCCUAAAAUCGUAGCAUGGGCCAAGAGGUGCCGAGAGAAUAAGGAAAGCGUUGCUAGAUCUUUUCAUGAUGAGACAAAUAAUUACGAUUAUGUUGUGCAGUUGAAGAAGAAGAUUGGAAUCGAAUAGAUGAUCACCAAGACCAUGCAUGAUCAAGAAAAUAUAUAUUACAUAUCAAGUUUCGUUGCAUUGAGGUUUUUUUUAUGUGUUUUCCUUGAGU